CCCUCCCUCCCGCCGCCGCAGCCGCACCGAGACACAAAAAGCGGCUGGGGCUGGGCCGGGCCGGGACCAUGACGGAGACCACCAAGACCCACGUUAUCCUGCUGUCCUGCGGCACCUUCAACCCCAUCACCAAGGGCCACAUCCAGAUGUUCGAGAGAGCCCGUGAUUACCUGCACAAGACUGGACGGUUCAUUGUCAUCGGUGGCAUUGUCUCACCUGUGCAUGAUUCCUAUGGGAAGACGGGCCUGGUGUCCAGCCGGCACCGCCUGACCAUGUGCCAGCUGGCUGUGCAGUCUUCCGACUGGAUCCGGGUGGACCCCUGGGAGUGCUACCAGGACACCUGGCAGACCACCUGCAGUGUGCUGGAGCACCACCGUGACCUGAUGAAGAGAGUGACUGGCUGCAUUCUCUCCAAUGUCAACACCCCCUCCAUUACCCCUGUGAUCGGACAGCCCCAGAAUGAGUCUACACAGCCUAUCUACCAGAACAACAAUGUGUCCAACAAGCCCACUGCAGCAAAGAUCCUGGGGAAGGUAGGAGAAAGCCUGAGUCGGAUCUGCUGUGUUCGCCCACCUAUGGAGCGCUUCACCUUUGUGGAUGAAAAUGCCAACCUGGGGACAGUGAUGAGAUACGAGGAGAUUGAACUGCGCAUCCUCCUGCUCUGCGGCAGCGACCUGCUGGAGUCCUUCUGCAUCCCUGGCCUCUGGAAUGAGUCUGAUAUGGAGGUGAUUGUCGGGGAGUUUGGGAUUGUGGUGGUACCCCGGGAUGGAGCUGACCCUGACCGGAUCAUGAACCACUCCUCAAUACUCCGCAAGUACAAAAACAAUAUCCUGGUGGUGAGGGAUGACUCGAACCACCCCAUGUCGGUCGUCAGCUCCACCAAAAGCAGACUGGCCCUGCAGCACGGGGAUGGACACGUUGUGGAUUACCUCUGCCAGCCUGUCAUUGACUACAUCCUCAAGAGCCAGCUCUACAUCAACGCCUCCGGCUAAGCACCAGAGGCCCUGCAGCAGAACAGCCCUGUCGUCCCAUGUCCCUACAGCUCUCCAUCACACUUUUCUCUCUCUUUCUGUGUCUCCAUCUCUCUCCCCAUCCCAUGGCCUCUCACUCUCGGCGCUGACGCUCUGUAGUGCAGCAACAUCCAGGGACCGGCGGCACAGCCCCAGGGGAAUGGUUUGGUCUUUUUUUUUUAUGGGAACUGUCCUCCCCAUUGUAUAUGGGGAGGGAGGGGGGCAGAGAUGUGCUCAGUGUGCUCACUGAGGGGCAGCUCCAUCCCCCCUCCCGGCAUGUGACUGGGAAAUGGUCCCCCCUGUCCAUCCUCCCAGCAUGCUCAGAGCAGGGGCUUCCUCUUUACUCAACAAAUACAGGUGAAUUUUUUUUUCCUUUUUUUUUUUUUUAAUUAAAUAGUUGUAGUGCAAGCUCCUUAGCUCUCUUGCCACCAUGCCCUGCUUCCCAAUGAAUCCUGGUGGGCAGCGGGCAGGCAUAAUGCAAGUGGUUCUGUGCCCCACAGAACCUCCUCAGGCCAGCAGUAAGGACAACCCAGCCACCAAAAUCCUCCACUUGGCCCUGACUAGUCAUGAAGAUGGUAUUUCUGAAGGGGCAAGCAUUGCUGCCAAAGCAUAACUUACCGGGAGAAUGUCACAUCUCACUUCUCCUUGUCUGCAAGUGAACCCAACCUACCCCAAAGCUGAGGAUAGAUGCUGAACUCCAGCCCCAUGUCAGAAGAGGCAGUCUACAGCCCCUAGAAAGGGAUCUGCCAUUUACAACACCAAGAAGCAAGGGAGGAAGAAGAGGGGAAGAAAUGGCCCAGAGCCAUUGAUGAGAAUUGCCCCAGGCCUGGCUGAGCUGUCUGGGGCUGGGUCCAUCCUCAUCCUCAAGCCUCCAGCUUUCCAAUGCUGGCUGUAAAAUUCCCAUUUUGCCUUUCUCUCCUUCCCUCUUCCUGUCCUCGAACAGUUUAUGCAUGAUAUAUUCGCCCUUCCAAACUGGCUUCAGGUACUUCACACAUCCCUUGGGACAAGCCAGUUUCCUGCUUUCCUGCCUGUGACAUGCCUGGUAGAACCUGCUCAGCCAGAUGCCAAAAAAUAAGGCAUGAAGCUUGGAGCAAAAGGGAAUAAUUCGAGUCCUGCAGAGAUGAGGGUUACUUAAACAGGCUGCGGUCCUGCUCGGUAUCACAGGGUGCAAGGGCCCUGCUGGUCCUGGUGGCUCAGCCUCUUGGAAGAUGACAGCCACAGGGAGGAAAGUACAAGUCUUGCUUUCCUCCGCACCUUUCUCCCUCCCUUUGCACCUUCCAGCUUCACAUCUCUAAUGUCUAUAGCUCCUGGACAUCUGCCCAUUCCCUGCAGACUUGGGCUGGUGAGAUUUAGGGAAUUCUAGGGCACUUUGCUUAUGCCCAGCAAGGGACAGUGCUGUGUCAACACACAUGGAGGCUUAGACUACUCCAGGUUGUUUUGGGGAAAGAAAAGAAAGAGCUAACUUUUUUUUCACACCUACAGAAAGUCACAAGUUGCUCUUUGGAAGCUUCAAAGAUGAGACUUUGCACUGUGGUUGGUGACCUGCUGGGCACUGCUGUCCCGUUGCAAGUGUGCCACAGCCCCCUCCAGAGAAGGCAGCUGUCACCUCCCUAACAGCAGAAACACUGGGCAAAAUGACACAGUCUGAACAUAAGAGGUCUUUGCAGCAAACAUGCUGAAUCCCUCAGAUCCAGCCAUGCUAUUUCCAGGCAGUUGUGUACAUACCUUGAGGGGUGAUGGGGCACGGAGAUCCCAGACCAGGGAGGGUGGCCAGAGCGUGCAGGAACACCUCCAGGGAUGAGCCCCCCUCCUGCUGAGCCCCCAAGCUAACGCUUCAAUAGGUUCUAGCUGGGCAUCUCAUCCAUGAGCACCCAGCCUACAUAAGCUGAUAGCUAGACUCCUCUAAAUCCAUUGCCUCCUCUGUCCCACGCGUUCAGGUUUUCAGCCUGUUUUUCCUCUCCACCCCAACACAGGGGCCAUUCCUGAAAACAUCCUCAGACAUCACCCACGUUACUUAGCUCCAAGCUGGAGGAGAAGCAGCAGUGUUAGAAACCAGCCUCCAACACACACAAACACAAAGGGAUUGGAACCUCUGGGAGAGGUGAAGAAGCUGAAGAGGAAGGAAGGAUGGUGGCUAUCAGAGAGGAGAAGACAAUGGAAUAACAAAAGAGGAGACGAAGAAGGAGUGAGGGCGGCAAGUCUGAGAGCAAACUCAGAUCCGCUUCUCCUCCCUCCCUCAGGUACACGAGAUGGGACAUGCAGGAAGCCAGCUGGCUUUCCAUCUCAUCGUGGUUAGGACGGCAUGCCUUAGAGACAUAGCGUUGUGAUAGGGAUGAUGAGUAUAUUCUGUUUUACUAGUCUUAUCUAUGCCUUCAUGUAUCUGCUCAGUAAAACUCACAGAACGGGGCAAGGAUGGGGUGGGAGGGGGUUUUGUUACAGGUCAGUCAAUGCUGGGACUGGUUUGGAAAACAUCUACGGAUGGGUAUGGAAAAACUCAUCCUUUGAGAUCCAUGCAGAUGGUGGGGAGAUGAGGAAGGGGCUUUCCAGCACUGCUGGGUUGGGAGGCAGCUCCUGGGUGUGGGUAUUUGAGCCUCCAAUUUUAAACAGUGGGAUUUGCUGAAAGAGAAAUGAACUCCAAACGUCUUUUGGAAAAUAAAAAAGGGGGGCGGGGGGAAGGGUUGAAGUUGCCAUGCCACCAA